AGAGAAGCUAGCAGGUUAGCAGGCAGGUAGCAGGUCCGAGGGUCAGGAGGACCAACACGGUGCGUGUCUUUCCGUUGUAAUAUUGAAAUGGUUAUGAAGAUUGUUUCAUCGUGUGUGUUCGUACAGACGUGGUGUGUCAAACAGCCUCUCGCGGGGCAGGAAGGCCCGUCGCCGCUGUCGCCUCAUCCCGCUGCCCACAUUGCAGAGCCAGAGCCAGGCUAACGUCAGAGCUAACGGUGCUAGCUCGGAUUCGGUACAACAAAAACAUCCUAAUAAUAAUCAACCGAGCCGAACCGAGCCGAGCCGGACUGGCUCUCCCCUCCCCCCACGGGCCGCCACCCCCCUCCCUGUUGACCCGGCGAUGUGGCGCUGUCACCGGCCUGGCAGCUCCGGGAUGAGGCUAACGUUAGCCUCCUAGCCAAACCGCUCCGGAGCCUCUCGCAUAUUUCGGACCGAUGAUGUUUGGACGCCAGCGGCGCCAGGAUCGAUGCUGCGCGGGGCUGUGAGGCGGGAGGGGACGCUGACAAGGACCACGACCGGAGGCCCCGCGGCGGCGGCGGAGUGUCACGCUUACCUUCGAAGAAAAAGCUUCUGUUGUGGGCCAUGUUUAUUCCAUGAUCCUGCUCGGAUGACAGCGGGGCUCUGCUCCUCGGCGGCGGCAGGUCGACGGACUGAAGCUGCUGCUGCUGCUGCCGCUGCCUUCGACCUGCGGAGUCAAGCUGCGCGCAGAAAUCCACCUCGGCGCCGGAAACGCGAGCAGCGGAGCCUUCACAAUAAAAGCGCAGCAACGGAAACAGGAGCGGAGGCCGCUGCGCGUCGCGACGGUUUUCUGCAGUUGAGAAGAAGUUUAUCAAACAUCUGCGGCAACGACGAAGGUUUUGGAUUCAGACUGUCCGAUGUGACGCCGACUGUAUCGUAGGACAAAGACAGAUUAAGUGAUGAAGAUGAUGAUGAUGAUGAUGAUGAUGAUGAUGGGAGCUAGAUGGCGAUGUUCCUCACUGAAGUUAGACCAACAGGAGCCGAGCCCCUGGAUGUGAGGAGGAGGAGGAGGAGGAGGAGGAAGAGGAAGAGGAGGAGGAGGAGGAGGAGUGGUCCGGCUGCUGGACCAGCUGAUAGCUCAGCUGUUGGGGGCUUUGUGAGUCAGUUGGGCUGCAAACACAGACUGAGAGCAGAGGUUAAAUAUAGAGCAACUCUCACAGGAAGCAACAGACGAACGUCUCGUGGUGAAGAGAAGAAGUGAUUUUAUUCCAGCUGAAAAAAAGACAGAGAGUCUGUUCUCAUCUCUCUCUCCCUGUCUCUCUCUCUCUCUCCCCCCCUCCUCAGUGUCAUGUCUUCCUCUCUCGCCCCCUGAGUUCACAGACCAAACUUGGAGAGGACGAAGCUUCAGCACUCUGCUCCGGCACUUUGCCUCCGACUCUCUGUCAGAGAAGAAGAAGAAGAGGGAGACAAGUUAAAGGAAAAGGGCACUGGAUGGUUCCAACAGUGUGAUGUCGUGAGCGCUGUCAGUGAACUCACCACAGACGCCUGGAGUCUUUCUGGGGACUGAGAAGGCUGCAACACCUCGGCGGAGCUGACAGACCAGGUAAAAUGCGAUCAAGGAACUGCACCAUGGAGGGUCCAGACACGGGACACAUCCAGAACACGAAAGAUUUCAUCAAGCAGGAGGAGGAGAACACACCCGAGCUGACGAAGAGGAAGACGAAGGACGGGCGGACGGGGUUGUCGGGGAAACCUCAGAGACAUCCGGCAGAGAGCGGGAAGACGCCGACGCCGGAUCUGUCGAAGGUGGACCUGCUGCAGCUGCUGGGAAUCAUGGAGGGAGAAGUUCAGGCCCGAGAGGACGUCAUCGGCCUGCUGAAGUCGGACAGAACCGGCCCCGAGACUCUGGAGGCUCGUUACGGUUCAGCCGCUCCCAGCAAACCGCUGCAGGCGCUGCAGAGAGACGGGCUCCUCGUCCACAUUGGCCGCCGCCCGGACGAUGUGUACGAGAAACCCAUGGUCGAGUUGGAUCGUCUGGAGGACAAACAGAAGCAGACGUACAGGCGGAUGCUGGAGCAGCUGCUGCUGGCGGAGAAGUGCCACCGUCGCACCGUCGCCGAGCUCGACAGCGAGAAGAGCAAACACGCCGACUUCAUGAACAAGAGCGACGACUUCACCAACCUGCUGGAGCAGGAGAGGGAGAGACUGAAGAGGCUGCUGGAGCAGGAGAAGCUCUACCAGGCUCGUAAGGACAAGGACCACAGCAGGAGGCUGGAGAAGGUCAGAGCCGAGCUGGUGAAGCUCAAGUCCUUUGCCCUGAUGUUGGUGGACGAGCGGCAGCUGCACAUCGAGCAGAUCGACCAGCAGAGCCAGAAGGUGCAGGACCUCGCUCAGACGCUGCAGGAGAAGGAGCAGCGGCUGGCGGCCGCGACCGACGCCUCCAAGGAGGACGGCCAGAAGGUCCUCAAGCUGGAGGCCGAGCUGGAGCACAGGGCGGCCAAGUUCACGCAGGAGCACGAGGAGAUGGCCACGAAGCUGGCCGACCAGGAGUCCCAAGGCCGGCAGCUGAGACUGAAGCUGGCGGGGCUCGCGCACAAGAUUGAAGAGCUGGAGGAGAGCAACAAAGUGCUGCAGAAAUCCGAGGAGGACCUGCAGGAGCUGAGGGAGCAGAUCAGCAAAGGGGAGUGCGGCAGUUCGUCCGUCAUGGCCGAGCUGGAGAACCUGAGGAAGAGAGUGCUGGAGAUGGAGGGCAAGGAUGAGGAGAUCACCAAAACAGAGACUCAGUGCAGGGAGCUGAGGAAGAGGCUGCAGGAGGAGGAGGACCACGGCAAGGAGCUGAGGCUGGAGGUGGACAAACUCCAGAGGAGAAUGGUUGAACUGGAGAAACUGGAGGGCGUUUUCAACAGGAGCAAAACAGAGUGCACCCAGCUUCAUACAAACCUGGAGCGGGAGAAACGCGUGGUGAAGGAUCUGGCCGGUGAACUGGAGACGGUGAAAACACGACUGAAAGAACUAGAAUCGUCAGAGUCCAAGUUCCAGAAGGCAGAGAUGGUCCUCAAAGACGACUUCGUGAAGUUGAAAUCCUUCACAGUCAUACUGGUGGAUGAGAGAAAAAACAUGGCGGACAGACUCAAACAGGAAGAACAGAAAAGUGACGACUUGGGUAAGAUGUUUAAAGCAGAGCAAGGCAAGGUCACGGAGGUCACAGAGAAGCUGAUCGAGGAGAGCAAAAGACUCUUCAAGUUCAAAUCGGAGAUGGAGUUUCAGGUGACGACUCUCGCCAGAGAGAAAGAGGAGUUAAAAACUAAACUCGCAAGUGAGGAGGAAAAGUGCAGGGAGCUUAGUAACAAGCUAAGCGGUAUGAAAACAAGAGUGGACAGAUUGGAAGAGGCGGAGAGGGAAGUGCAGAGACACUGGGCCAACAAGGACAGAAACAAGAAUCCAGAGGAGGACAACAAAGUGAAGGAGCUCACGCUAGAAAUCGAAAGACUUAGGAGCAGACUCAAGCAACUGGAGGUGGUGGAGGGAGAUUUAAUGAAAACCGAGGACGAGUACGACUUACUUGAGCAGAAGUUCAGGAAGGAGCAGGACAAAGCAAACACCCUUCAUAAGCUGCUGGAAGAAAUGAAAAGUCAGAUUGCCAGAAACAAAGCCAUAGAGAAGGGCGAGGUCGCGAGUCCCGAGGCCGAGCUGAGGGUUCGCUGCAAGAUGGAGGAGGCCAAGACCAGGGGGCUGCAGGCCGACGUCCAGGCCCUGAAGGAGAAAAUCCACGAGCUGAUGAACAAGGAGGACCAGCUCUCCCAGCUGCGGGUGGACUAUUCUGUGCUGCAGCAGAGAUUCGUGGAGGAGGAGGAGAAGAGGAAGAGCAUGAGUCGAGAGGUGGACGGCCUCACCAAGGAGCUGGACGCCACCAAGUGCUACAGUCGCGCCUUGAGGCCGAGCACGAACGGCAGGAGGAUGGUCGACGUCCCGGUCACCUCCACGGCGGUGCAGACGGACGUGAUCGCCGCCGAGCCUGCCGAGGACGAGACGACAGCAGGCUUCAUCCGACAGUCAGUCCUGGAGGAAAACCACUUCAUGAGCAACCUCAGACAACGGGGUCUGAAGAAGCCGACGGUCCUCGAACGGUACCCUCCGGCAUCGGCGGAACUCGGGGCGAGGAAGUCCUGGCUACCCUGGAUGAAAAAGAGAGAGGGGCCGACCUUCCUCCCGCCGCAAAUGACCAUGUCCAAGAAGCCGGGUCAGCCACUACACAUCCGCGUGACCCCAGAUCACGAGAACAGCACCGCCACCUUGGAGAUCACCAGCCCGCGAGCUGAGGAUUUCUUCUCCAGCACCACCAUCAUCCCGACCCUCGGCCUUCAGAAGCCUCGCAUCACGAUCGUCCCCAAGCCCGCGACCUCGAAGAGCGACGCAACGGGACGUCUCGAUCGAGCCAAAUCUCCAGUCACGAUAACCACCAUCUCCAGGGCCAAGAGCCCGGAGAAGACCAAUGGCGGCGGCUCCGGCGGCCUCCAGUCUCCCGUGUCCAUCAUCACGGUCAGCACCACGCCUGUGGCCGAAACAUGCGCCUCACCUGAGCCUCGUGAGGUCACCGCGAGCCGCACUGUGAUCAAGAUGACCCCGGAGAAGCAGGCCGGGCCCCCGCUCCUCAGGAAAUACAACGCCAACAGCAACAUCAUCACAACAGAGGACAAUAAGAUCCACAUCCACCUCGGUCCACAGUUCAAGAGACCCUCAGACGGCUGCGGCAGUCCUGUGCUGACGCUCCGAUCUCACGGUCCGAGCUCAGAGAGCAAAGAAACAUCGACGGGAACCGUUCUGCGCUCCCCGCGCCAGACGUCAACUGGGAAGACGACGACUCAGAGCAAAAUGACGAGCAGCAUAACGAUCACGCCCGUCAGCUCGGCAGCCUCCAGGCCGACACCAUCAGUGUUGCUUCUGAAAUGUUUCACAGUGAAAUCAGGUGGUGUGUGCUGCCUCGAGAGCACCAGGUAUCAAACAGCUAAUGUGAUCUCACUGCCCGGUUCGGACGUGCAGGCGGCUCGGAGCGCCGCCGCCACGCGGAUCCCAGUGUCAAAGGGUCUGAAACCCGUCGCCGGGAAGGCGCUGGUGGGCGUGUCGACGCUGACGAGGGUUGAGUCGCGGGCCGAGGGCCAGUCGAUGAGAAUCGAGCUGAGGAAGUCGACGGUGUCGACAGCGGGAGGCAAGAAGUGAGGGGCCGAAACACGCUGCCAUGGCAACCACCGCUCGUGAUUGAGUUUGCCGCCAAAUCCGCUGCCAUGUCUAAGAAACUGUGUGUGUGUGUGUGUGUGUGUGUGUGUGUGUGUGUGUGUGUGUGUGUGUGUGUGUGUGUGUGUGUGUGUGUGUGUGUGUGUGUGUGUGUGUGUGUGUGUGUGUGUGUGUGUGUGUGUGUGUGUGUGUGUGUGUGUGUGUGUGUGUGUGUAUGAGAUGCUGCCUUCGUUUCCUAAACACCGUUUGACAUCGAUCAGGCCUUCAUGACCUGAAAUACACGGUUUUCGAGUUUUUAAGGUCUUUAUGUCUUCGCAGCUCUUUUGCAUGUGAACGCUCCAUUUUCAUUCGCGUCCUCCCGGUGACCCUCGGCAGUCGAGGCUCUAGACUUGCAAUCUCAUCAUUCAUAUAUUUUAUUUUCCAUAGCUCGUGUUUAUUUCACCACAACUUAUGGAGGUUUUCAGUCACUGAAGCGCUGUGAAAAUUAAAAACUAUUUAUCUUUAA